AUGGUUAGUGAUCCUGUUGCCCUCUCGCUUACACCAAAUUGGGUCUUUACAGUCCACAAAAUUUCCUUGGAGCCUAUUCUGAUUCAGAAAUUCUCGAUUGUGCAAAGAUCCGAGAGGGGGCUCUCAAUUCAACUUCAACCCUUCCACACCUUACUAACCGAACAGCAAAUUUUCGACCAUCACCGACGUCCGUAUUCAAAGAUGGUCAACCUUCGCACUCAGAAGCGCCUUGCGGCGUCCGUCAUCGGAUGCGGUAAGCGCAAGAUCUGGCUCGACCCCAACGAGGUUAACGAGAUCUCCAACGCCAACUCCCGCCAGACCAUCCGAAAACUCGUCAGCGAUGGCCUCAUCAUCCGCAAGCCCGUCACCAUGCACUCCCGAUCUCGCGCCCGUGAGCUGAACCUCGCCCGACGAGAUGGCCGACACCGAGGUUUCGUUCUAUGGAUGCGACGCCUACGAGUCCUCCGACGUCUUCUAGUCAAGUACCGUGCCAGCGGCAAGAUCGACAAGCACCUCUACCACGAGCUGUACCACUCCAGCAAGGGUAACGCCUUCAAGCACAAGCGAGCGCUGGUUGAACACAUCCACCGUGCCAAGGCCGAGAAGGCUCGCGAGCGUGCGCUCCAGGACGAGAUGGACGCCAAGAGACAGAAGAACAAGGCUGCUCGUGAGCGUAAGUUGGAGAGACAGGCGGCGAAGCGAAACGCGCUGGCGGGUGAGGAGGAGGCGUAA